GCUGGCCUUAUUGUCAUCAACCCAGUCAGCCACAGCGAACACUCUAGAGUCAGUCAUUGCUUUCCUGUAUCCUUACUUGUGCUUCUUCCAUUGCAUGCCUCAAGAUCUACACUGGACAAAUCUCAGCCAUGAGUGAUGAUGAAGACCAAUAUCAGCUCUUCCUGGAUUUAUUUAAUGAAACCUAUGACACAACUGACUCAAGCUACGUGGUCAGUAAAACUGUCCAGCUAUGUGCAAAGACGCCUGUCAACCAAUUUGGUGCAAAAUUCAUCCCGUUUUUCUACUACGUCAACUUCCUCCUGAGUUACAUUGGUAACGGGCUUGUCCUUUUCAUCAUCUACAAGUAUGAGAAGUUGAAUACAGUGACAAACAUCUUCCUCCUGAAUUUGGUUCUCUCCAACAUUCUGUUUGCCUCCAGUCUCCCUUUCUGGGCCACAUAUCAUCUGUCUGAGUGGAUUUUUGGCAUGGUUCUGUGUAAGAUGGUCAGUAGUGCAUACUUCAUUGGUUUCUACAGCUCCAUCCUUUUCCUCACACUCAUGACAUUUGACCGAUACCUUGCAGUGGUACAUGCAGUGGCAGCUGCCAAAAGCAGGAAAAAGGCUUAUGCCUUCAUUGCCUCAGUGACAGUUUGGUGCGUGAGUGUUGCAGCAAGUGUAAAAGAGCUGGUUCUUAGAAAUGUGUGGAAGAAUCCAUUAAAUGGACUGAUGUGUGAAGAGUCUGGAUUUCCUGAGAGCACCAUGGACCGCUGGCACCUUGUCAGUUACUACCAACAAUUUCUUCUCUUCUUCCUCCUCCCCCUAAUUCUGGUGAUGUACUGCUACAUCAGCAUCACAGUGCGCAUCCUGUCCACCCGCAUGAAGGAAAAGUGCCGCACCAUUAAGCUAAUAUUUGUCAUCAUCUUCACAUUCUUCACCUGUUGGACGCCCUACAAUGUUGUCAUCCUCCUUCGAGCUAUUCAGAUUUCCAGCACCAGUGACGAAGUAUCAUGUUCUGAGUCAGACAACUUGGACUAUGCCUUGUAUGUGACCCGAAACAUAGCUUAUUUGUAUUGUUGUAUCAGUCCUGUGUUUUACACAUUUGUGGGGAAGAAGUUCCAGAGUCAUUUUAAAAGGCUAAUGACAAAGAAGAUUCCCUGUCUGAAGAGACACAUUAACCUCAGCAGCCAGAGCACCAGAACUACGUCACAGAGGUCACCACACUCUGCUUAUGAAUACUAAACACACACAUACAUGUUGGUCUUACUAUUGUUGUGGAGGCACUCAUUGAUGUAAGGCCUUCUCUAACACUUACCCUAACCCUAACUAUCACAACUAAAUGCCUAAUGCAAACCCAUAGCCUCACCCUAAGUUAAAUCUGAUUCUUGUUUUCUCAAUGCUUGUUUCCUGUCAGACGCCUCAAUACUGUAAAAUCACUUAACAAUGAAAUCUUCUUUUUAUCAUGUUAGAUAGGUUUGUCACUAUCCAGACUACUUAAUCAUCUAGUUCUGACAUUCAAAUCCUUUAAUCAUUUGUCAUCACACACAAUAUGCAUUAGCAAGGCUAGGACUAAGGUGAUUCUAUACUUUUCUUGUCAUCAACAUGAGUGACAAGGCCAAAAGCAACAAUGUAUUUCUCUGUGUUUUGUUACUUUCUAGCUCUCAGUCCCAAGCCUUUGUGUUCCCACUGGAGAGAUAUAUCUUCAAAAACUCACCAUAGUUAUUUUUUAUUGUUUAAAAAGCCUUGAAUGUAUUAGCCUAAACUACUGGAUCAUUUGGCCUUUAGGCAGCACUAUUCAAACACCGGCCAGUAGGAGCUUUAAUGCCACAUGAAAGUUAAGCCAGCAGCUCUGUGACAGACAAACAGUUUUUGGGAAACUAUAAUAACAGGUUGCCUUUCUCAAGGAACUUAGUGAUUCAGUGGUAGUAAUCCCUUAUUGUUGAUUUAUUGUGUAUUAGUUUAUUUGUAGAAAUAUUCAAACAUACUGUUAUACACUCUUCGUGCUUGCGCUUACAAACUUUUAAAGUUUUGAAAUAAAGUCUUACAUCAAGCUGC